AUGCCUACAGAAGAAAUUAUUGCCACCCUUGACAAGGAGGAAGAACAGUCAAAUGCAACACAGGAAAAUCAGAUCAAAGAAAUACGAAAGGAUUACAAGCCUUAUUCUAUAUCCUUCCCUGAUAACCUACCAAUCGUCGAACCCAUACUUCUAUUUCCACAAAGAUUUCAGAAGAGGAAGUUGGAUACAACAAAUGCUAAACAAUGCAAAGUUCAUGAAGGAGGUGAUGUCAAAAAAGAGAAAAUUGGAAGAAUACGAAACGAUGAAGUUGAUAGAAGAAUCAGUGAAAUUCUUCAAAGGAAGCUCUCUCAAAAAAGGAAAGAUCCAGGUAGCUUCACCAUUCCAUGCACUAUUGGAUGCUCCUCUUUUGAUAAAGCUCUUUGUGACCUUGGAGCCAGCAUAAAUCUGAUGCCAAUCUCAGUAUUCAAGAAGUUGGGUCUCAGGGAAGUUAAGCCAACAACGGUGACUUUGCAGUUAGCUAAUCGAUCCCCUACUUACCCACGAGGAGUUAUUGAGGAUGUAUUGGUGAAAGGAGGUCAAUUAACCUUAAGAGUAAAUGAAGAAGAGGCGAGGUUCAAUAUCUACCAGUCAAUGCAAUCUCCAGAUGAUACAAAGACGUGCCACAUAAUUGACUUCAUUGAUACUGUAGUAAAAGAAUAA